UACAAUCAGGAAGCGAUAUACCGAAGUGAUCAGUUUCGCUGGACGUUCAGCAUUACGUUACACUAUUUAGUUUUUUUUCUCCCCCCACCACCAACUUUUAAACGUCUUGUUUGUUUACCGCGUCACUGGCCGAGGGAGUUGGUCAAAAACGUAAAAAGGCGGAGAUGGCGGACAGUGGGGAGACUGGGGAACCGUCUGCUGAUCCGAAAAUCAUCAAAGUGACAGUGAAAACUCCGAAGGAGAAAGAGGAGUUCGCCGUGCCGGAGAACAGCACCGUCAGACAGUUUAAAGAGGAAAUCUCCAAACGCUUCAAGAGCCAGACUGAGCAGCUUGUGCUCAUAUUUGCUGGGAAGAUCCUGAAAGACGGUGACCUGCUGACACAACAUGGCAUUCAUGAUGGGCUCACAGUUCACCUAGUCAUCAAGACACAAAGCAGGUCCCAAGAGCCAUCUGCUCCUCCCCCUAGCAGCAGUGCAUCUGUAGCAAUGGGAACUGGAAGCUCUACAUCAGCCACUGUCCCGCCUCCCUCCAGUAAUCCUGUUAGUCUGGGUGGGCUGGGUGGGCUUGCUGGCCUUAGCAGCUUGGGGAUGAGCUCAACAAACUUUGCUGAACUUCAGAGCCAGAUGCAACGGCAGCUGAUGUCCAAUCCAGAGAUGAUGGCCCAGAUCAUGGAGAACCCACUGGUCCAGAGCAUGCUGUCCAACCCCGACCUUAUGCGUCAGCUCAUUCUAGCUAACCCCCAGAUGCAGCAGCUCAUUCAGCGCAACCCUGAGAUCAGCCAUAUGCUGAAUAACCCAGACAUCAUGAGACAGACUCUAGAGCUAGCGCGGAAUCCUGCUAUGAUGCAGGAAAUGAUGCGAAACCAGGACAGGGCACUCAGUAACCUGGAGAGCAUCCCUGGGGGUUACAACGCCCUCCGAAGGAUGUAUACAGAUAUACAGGAGCCCAUGCUCAAUGCAGCACAGGAGCAGUUUGGUGGGAACCCUUUUGCUUCGCUGGUCAACAAUUCCUCUGGUGGGUCUCAGCCCUCACGUACAGAAAACAGAGACCCUUUACCCAACCCCUGGGCCCCACCCACCUCAUCUAACAGCUCCACACCACCUGUAACGUCAGCUACGCCCACCACUACUUCAGCUCCCACUGCACCGAGUUUGGGGUCUACCAUUGGAGCAGGGAUGUUUAGCACCCCUGGAAUGCAGAGUUUGCUACAACAGAUUACGGAUAACCCACAGCUGAUGCAAAACAUGCUGUCUGCCCCCUACAUGCGUAGCCUGAUGAACAGUCUAAGCCAGAACCCUGACCUAGCUGCUCAGAUGAUCCUGAACAAUCCUCUGUUUUCGGGGAACCCCCAACUGCAGCAGCAGAUGCGACAGCAGCUCCCAGUUUUCCUGCAGCAGAUGCAGAAUCCAGAGAUGCUGUCUGCAAUGUCAAACCCACGGGCAAUGCAAGCACUAUUGCAGAUUCAACAGGGGCUUCAGACACUAGCCACAGAAGUACCUGGCUUCAUUCCUGGGAUGGGACUGGGAGGACUUGGAGGAGUAGUUGGAGGGGUCAGCAACACAGGCAGUAGCCCAGCCCCAGUCCCCGCGUCUGGUCUCGGCUCAUCAGAUCCCAGUGGGUCUCAGACCACCUCAGAGGCUGCUCGACAGCAGCAGUUUGUACAGCAGAUGUUGCAGGCACUUGCCAGUACCAAUGCACAGGUUCAGAGCCCAGAGGUACGGUUCCAGCAACAGUUAGACCAACUGAAUGCCAUGGGAUUCCUGAACCGUGAGGCUAAUCUUCAGGCCCUGAUAGCCACAGGAGGCGAUGUCAAUGCAGCCAUUGAGCGUCUGUUGGGUUCCCAGCCUUCAUAGCCCCACACCUCUCACAAAUGUCAUUUAUUUUUGAUAACAGCUGCUGCAUUGAUUCAAUACCGGCUUUACUGCACCUUCAUUUGCAAAGUCACAAUACACCUACCCACUUGGCCAUCCCCAUCAAGACACCCAUGUAGGAAAAUGCAGAUCUUUAAUGAUUAUAGGGCUUUACUCUUUUUUUGGGUAUGGGACAGUGUUCUCCCUCCUCUCAUAAACAAAAUUACUGCAUGAUUCAGAGAUACAAGCAAGGACUCAUUGUUUGAUGCCUUUCUUGUUUUUAUUUCCUGUUCCAGCAGCUCUCAGCUUUUUCCAGUGGAAUGACUUGGUGGCUUCUGACCUAAAACUGAUUUUCACAGUUGCUCUUAGCCUUCAGUAAAAUAUAUUUGAAAAAGAUUACAGAUCAAAAGGUAGCUGCAGAAGUGCGGCGCUCUGUUUAUUGCAGAUAAAGGUCAUUGUCACUCGGAGCUUUAGACUAAAUGCAGGCCGAUGCAUUUAACAAGCUGUGUAUGAUAAGACUGACAUGUAAAGUCGAAAAUCACCACAUAGAACAGUGCAAAGAUUCCUGCAAAACAGUUGGUAUGCGACUGCAUAGAGUUAAGUAUAAAUCUCAGCCUUGCUCAUAUUAAGAUCUUUGAGAUUAAAAAACUCAUAAGAAUAAUUCAAAUACAUUUGUACAUAAAUGGCUGUUUUUCUUUUAUGAAAUAAAGCGAUAGUCUAACAGUUGUACAUUUUUAGAUCUGUUUAUCGGUGCGUCAUAAGAGGGACUCCUUCGUAUGUUUAGUUCUACCAGUAAACUGAUUUUCAACCAAUAAUUUUAAAAAUGGCAGUUUUCACUAAAUAUCUCUGGAUACAAUCCCAUUAUUUUUAACCACGGUGUGAAAAAACAAAUAAUUACAGCGUCCAUAUUCAGUCUUUAUUCAUUAUCAAUU